AUGAAGAGGUGUAUUGUAGAGUUCAUUGCUAAGUUCCCGAAUUUCCAACAAGUCAAGAAAGAGCACCAGAGGCCCGAUAGUAUGACUCAGAACAUAGAUCUUCAGGAAUGGAAGUGGGAGAUGAUCAAUAUGGAUUUCAUUACUGGGUUAUCGCAGUCUCGCAGGAAGCAUGAUUCGAUUUGGAUAGCUCUAUAUGAGUCUCUUUAUGGGAGAACAUGUAGAUCUCCGAUUAGAUGGUUUGAGAUUAGUGAGGCUGGAUUGAUAGGACUAGACAUGGUUCAUCAAACUAUGGAGAAAGUUAAGACUAUUCAAGAAGGGUUGAAAACAACGCAGAGUAGUCAGAAAUUCUAUAUUGAUGUUAGGAGAAGUGACCUAGAGAUCGAGGUAGAUGAUUGGGUUUACUUGAAUGUGUCACGCAUGAAAGGUGUUAUGAGGUUUGGUAAGAAGGGGAAACUUAGUAUUGGUUCUUACAGGAUAUUCAAGAGGAUUUGCAAUGUACCUUAUGAGUUUGAGCUACCGCCAGAGUUAGUAGCACUCCAUCUGAUAUUUCACAUUUCAAUGUUGAAGAAGUGUAUGGGCGAUCAUUCAAUUAUCAUACCUACUGAAGCUAUUGGUAUUUAUGAUAGUCUAUCUUAUUAG